AUGCAACAGAAUAAUGGUGCUCCCGAUAGAAGAAUUCUUGGUUUCACCAAAAUGGUGAAAACCUAUAAAAAGCAUGUCCCACUAACUCUCCGUCAGGAAAUCCAGGUCAACCGGAUGAGUAACGAGCUACGUGAGGCGCUCGAUGACAAAGGUCGUCAGGUUCCCUUGUUCAUCAGUUGGCUCAAGUGGGCUAUUUCGAACUAUAAAAAUGUUGUGCUUCGCGACAAGGAACACCAAGCGACCGUUUUGAGAUACUUGGCAAUCAUCGAAGCGGCCGAGGCAACUGUAUCCAAUCGUCGUCUGCAAUCGACUUAUGAAAACGAACUCGCCUGCUUGUCAAUGGAAGUUGAAUCUCGGGAGACUAUUGCCCAGAAUCAGCCAACCAACAUCCCUCAUUCUCAACCAGCCGCUUUUUUCCUGGGAGAAAUCACAAAGUACGUCAAGAUUAUUGCUCCGAAAAUCACUGACGAGCAGCAGGCCCAACUGGCGGAGUUGCAUAAAUUGGUGAUCUCAGCAACUGCUGCUUCCACUCGUUUCCUUCAAGCGGAAUAUGAAGCUAAAGUUUCCAAGAUGAAAAACGAGGUAGACAUAUCGGCUAUGCUAGACAAUUUGGAGAACGUGUUGGCUUCGAGAGUCAAUUAUGCUGAACCUAAUUGCAAUUCGUAG